AUGUCUACAAAGAAUUUCAAAUCUACCCACAUCUGCGGUCAACAUGGAGCAAAUGCUGGUAACUCAAGGGCAUCAAGGAAGUUCAUUGCUAGCCAAAUACAAGUUGUUUUGAAGGUUAGGCCAGAUCUUCGUGCAGUUAAUAUCAAGAACGACAUGCUCUCUAAUUUUGUCAUCAAGAUUAACUAUAGUAAAGCGUGGUGGGGCAAGGAGACAACUCAACAGGACCUGUUCGGUGACGAUGAUGAGACUUAUGAUUCUCUGAGAUUGUAUGAAUCCAUGGAGCAUGCAACUAAUCUAGGGAGUCGUGUUGUUAUUGAUGCUGAUGACGGGAGGUUCAGGCGAUUGUUCAUUAGUUAUAAUACCUGUAUUGAAGGGUUCAUUGCUGGGUGCAGGCCUCUAUUGUUUUUGGAUGGGACAUUUAUUAAAGAUCGCUACAGAAGCAUACUACUUAGUGCCACUGGGUAUGAUGGCAACCAGGGACUAUUUCCCCUUGCUUAUUGCGUAUGCGACCCGGAGAAUGAGGUUAACUGGAAAUGGUUCUUACAAGGAUUAUGGACAUUACUGUGUGUUCUGCAUCUAGUCAAGAAUUACAAAAAAACGAUGAAGGAUUUUGGGCACAAGGAUGAUGACAUGAAAGAAUUGAUAGCGAUCGAUCACAGGACUUACGUCACUGUAAUGGAAUACUCCCCGGAGAGAUGGGCGAACGCGUAUUUUCCUGGUAUAAGGUACAGCCAUGUUACUUCAAACGUUGCUGAGUCCUUCAACAGUUGGAUGAGAAAGGCACGAUUGUUGUGA